CACGAUGGCGGCCCCCAUGUUAUCCGUCUCAGACAUCCAAGGCUCAGUAAAAAAUCAAAUUCGAGCGAAACAGCAGAAGAAAAAACGCAAGAAAAUGGUUCUGUGUAGUCCAUAUUCAAAUUCUAGUCCUACUUUAACAACAGAAACACAGGAACAGAUUUUGCAGAAAUUAGUAGAAUCAAUAAAACCAUUAGGAAUUGCAGAGGAGAGAGAACAGAGACGAAGACAAACAAAACAGCAGAGAGUUCUAAAAUGUAAAAGCAAUCUUAAAAACAAGAGGAAUGGUGUAAAAGACCUGCCUGAGGCUGGUUUGGAGGGUGCAUCAGAGCAGGGAAGGGACGGGGAAAAUACGUUGGAGAAAGUCAUCAAAAGCACAGGAGAUGUGAAGGAUAAAGAAAGUGUUCAGCCCCAGGGGCCAGAACCAUCAACUGAUGUGCAGACAAAGGAAAAGACUGAUAGGGAGAGUAGAAUCAAGUCUGACAGAUCAAAGCUCUGUUUUGGGAUUAAAGAAGUUAUUAAAGGCCUUGAGAGAGAUCAAAUGCAAUUGGUUCUUGCUUGUCAGUCAUGCAAGCCUGAUAUGCUUACACAACAUCUGAUUGGCCUAGCAGCCAGUAGGAGCUGCCCAGCCUCUCUCAUUUCAAAUUUGAGCAGCACGCUGUGUCCUGUCUUGAAAAUUUCUUCACUGAUGGCAAUAGGCAUCAAGAAAAACCAGCCCAAGGAAUCCUCAUCAUUAGAUGAAGCUGUGGAGUUUAUUUCAAACCUUAUUCCUGUACAAACUCUGCCAUGGAUAGAAAGUGUGUCUGUCAAAAAUGUACCAAUCACAGAUCUUGAUACAGAACAUAUGAAGGAAAAAGCUAGUACAGAAACUGUGAAGGAAGAAGCCAAAUCAGUGGCUGAAAAAACUACAAAGGAUGCAGAGUUCCUAAAUACACAAAAGGAUGUAGAAAAACCGGACUAUUCUCAGUUUUAUGUUUACAAAAAAGACAGUCCAUUUGCGGCAAAAUCUUUUGGAGCAGACUUCAUUCCAUUUUCAGUCAGUUCUGGUGAGGUGAACAUGGAUGUAGUUCCAGAUUUUGGUAGAAAGAGAAAAAAUAAUAAAGAAGAUGGUGUCCAGGUUAAAUUUAGGAAAUAUCAGGAAACUGAGUAUCUGCCUGUGUUUGGGAAUGACAAAAAAGUCAAAAAGAAAAGGAAGAGAAAUAAAAAUAAAAGCAAUGUUUAAAAGUGAACAGAGCUCAUCCUGUUUUUAGCCCAACUGACCCAGUUGUAGAAGCUUGGGUGAACAUCAGUCUGUCAACUUUUAAGCCCACCUGAAUUGAAAGCUGAAAGUUUUAUCUUUUGAAUAUUGCCUGCUACACAGGCAUUUGACGUUUCAACUGCAGAACUGUAGCUCUCUAGAAAAUUUGGACAGACAAACCAGAGUUACAGAUGAAAGCAUUGUAAAAAAAAAACUUCAAUUAACGGCAAAGCUUUUUUUUCUCGCACGCUAGGGUAUUAUUUUAUGUAUUAAAUGCAUUCCCCCAUUAAAAGCAUGGUAUCCUUUAAUAAACCAUAUAUCUAACUCCCAGUCUUGUUCCUUCAUUUACCUUCCAAUGAUCCUAUACAGGGCUUUGUGGCCACAGAAUGUCAUUUUCAAAAAUUUUGCAUUCUGACAUCCACUUUGGGACCAUUGAAAAGAAAAUAAAGUAUCAAGUUUAUGAGUAAAACAUACGGUUAAUUAAAAGAUACCAUACUUUUUGCAUGGGAACACAUAUAAUACCAGAAAAAAUAUUCUGACUUUGUGUGAGGCAAAAAAGUUUUGCCGUAAAUCUAAAGUUUACUUGAGAAUAGUUGCAUAUUGAUGAAAUUUAUAAUGGCCCUGUUUUACUUACAUUGAAGAUUUUUAAAGAUUUUUUCUCAUAUUGAUCAGGAUAGCUCCAUUUCACCCUUUGGCUCAAAUGAGCUAAAAAGCUGCAAGUUGUUCGAAUUCAAGCAACUUCAUGUAGUAUUAUGAAAAAAAAAAUAUUCAAUUCUGUCUAAAUCAUUGUCUUUAGUGUCGAAUAGACCUUUCAACUUU